AUGAUGGCUACCAGUACAGCCGCGACAGGACGGCGGCGAAAUGGACAAGUUGUGCUGCCAAUUAUCUACAUGCAACCGCAGUCCCGAACACAAAGGUUCUUGCCUCUUGUCAUUGUGGCUUCUUGUGGGGUUUGGAUUUUUGCAAUGGGUGCACUAUUGGAACGGCUGCCUCCGGGAAGAGCCUUUCCGGAUGACAUGACGGCCAAGCGUCUUCCACAGGUAACAACAUCCAUGCAGGGGACUCCAGUCCGAGUGCUCAAAGAAACAGAUUUGGACGAAGAUAAUCAAAUUACUACACGACACGCCGUGGAACACACCAGUACGACUACGACAACAAUCACCACCAAAAGUGCAACACAGGUCAAAACCGAAAGUCCAUCCGCUACCAAUGAGCAGAAGUAUCCACCAACAAUUGGAAAAUCUCACCAAAUACCAAACGUAUUAAUCUUCACUCACAAUGUGAAUCUACUCCAGUAUAAUAAGAAUCAACCCGACAAUCAGCAGGAGAACAGAACCAAAGAGGAGCAACAAGAACUGCUAGCUCUGCAAAAAAACAUCCACGCUACCAUUGACAAACAUCCUCGAGCCACCGUUCGAUUCCUGACAGAUAAAGACUGCGUGCAAUCGCUACAAGCCGCCCUAGGACCCAACGCCCCGCUCAUCGACCAUUUUCGAAAUGAGACCAUGGGAAUGUACAAGGCAGAUAUCUGUCGAGGAGCUGCCCUGUGGGAAACGGGAGGAAUCUACCUGGAUGUGGACGUGGGCGUGCGCAUGCAUCUAUUGGAUGUCUUGCAACCCAACACCACUUUUGCCACAUCCUUGGUGCACCGAGAUUCCAAACAUCCCGGAAAUUUCUUUCAGGCGUUCAUGGCCACCACUCCACGCCAUGCCAUUUUGGAGCGGUAUCUUCAAUUGUUCUUGGAACAUUAUCAGGGCACUCGACCCAUCCAGCGUGGACCACUCGGAGUCAUUUUGUUGCGACAAGCCUUUGACGAUGUCAUUAUGUCAGAGGGAGAAAUUUGGGCCAUGAACGGAAAGCCUGUGAAUGAUAAGGACAAGAGCUUUCGGUUGGGUCCCAAACUAGUGGAUACAAGACACCACGGGAGAAUCCAGCUCUGGCAAGAAGUACUCUACAACCCCAAAUUCUUGUCCAAUGUUGUUCCGGCACCGACCUGGGGAACCCGAAGAGCUUGUCAUUUUGUGGUGGUGGCAGACCAAAAGUUUCCCCUGACCGUUCCACUUUAUAGUCGCAUUGAAGGCAGCCGAAUGUGUCCGAGAAGAAGCGAUGCACAGAUGACUACAGCGUGA